AUACCAUGUGCGAUCUGUCAUGUCUCCGGUUUCGAUUGAAAUGUAAUUAUUAAAUUGUUUUAACUUGGCUCGAGUGAUAUUCUCUUAUUAUGGAUUACGUUAUUGGCAGCGUGGCAGCUUUAAUAUCAGGAAACGUAACUCCUAGCCGACCUAAAUUUUUAAAGAGGGCUUUGACGCCUACAAAACAUCAGCCUUCACCGAACGUUACUCCAAAAAGUGAAAUGGUGGAUGAUCGUUCAAUAUUUUUAUCGCCUUCCGUGCAAAAGAAGAAAGCUAUAAUAAAAAAAUCGCCUAAAAGAAUAUUCCAGAACCCUGACUUGGAUGUGACCUGUGAUCCAGAGAAUAAGUCAAGUCCAAAAGCCGAUAAGGUUAAGAAACAUUUGCAGGAAGAUUUAGAAGACGAUAAUCGAAACAAUAAUAAAAUGAAGUCACCAAAAAAAGAGAAAGAUAAGUUUGACAAUUCUCUUGAUUGCCAAAAUUUUGCUAAUGAAAAUGAAAUUCCUCAGAGUAAAAAUGAAAAUACUCCUAGGAAGAAAAAGAAAACAUUAAAAGUAAUCAGUGAAACCAUAGAUGAAGAUCAGCAAGAGGAUCAUAAAAAAAAGAAUGUUGCACUGAAAAUGGUUACUGAUAUCACAAAAGUAUCGGAAAAAGCAUAUAAAGAGAGCCCUGGAAAGAAAAAUAAGAAAAAAACUGAAUCAAAUAUUGAACAUGAAACUGAACUAACCUCAAAUACAGAUUUAGAAACAAAAUCAAACAAACGGAAAAAAGCACAAGAAAUUAGUAAAACAAUUAACAAAAAUCAGGAAGAAAAUUUUAUAAAGAAGGCUAUGAAAAAGGUUUUGCCACAGGAAAUUGAUACUGACAUAAAGGCAUCAGAAGAUGUGGACGAACAGAGUCCUAAAAAGAAAAAGAAAAAACGAAAGGUAUCAAACAUUAAUAAUCAAAGUUUGAUAUCAGAAACCUCUAAACUAGAAAAUGAAUCAAAAAGUAGCAAAAAAGUAAAGAAAUCUAAAAGAAAUAAAGUAAAAAAUAUUGUCAAUCCUAAUGCAAUCACAAAUAAAGAUACAGAUUCAGAACAUGAAUCAGAUGAUGAGAUUCUUUCAGAGAAUGAGGAAGUAAAUAAUGAUAUUCUUAAAACUGAACUGGCCGAUGAGAGUUCUGAUGACGAUGAGCAAGCACCAAAAGUUAAAGAAACUGGACAUGAAGACAAAACUGCAAAAGCAAUGACUCAAGAUGAAAUAAAAAGAACUUUAUUUGUAGGAAACGUUCCUUUUAAUAAAAAAUGUAAGAAAGAGAUCAAGAAAAUUUUUAGUAAAUAUGGAAUCAUUGAAACUGUUAGAAUUCGUACAGUUCCUGUAAAAGAUGCCCGUGUGACACCCAAACUGGCGAUUAUAAAGAACGAGUUACAUCCGGAACGGAGUACAGUCAAUGUAUAUGUUAAGUUCAGAGAUGCAUCUUCUGUUGAACAGGCGUUGGUAGAGAAUAACACAGUAAUAGGGGAUUGCCACUUGCGUGUGACCCGCAGUGACACCACUGGAGCUGAACAUGAUCCCCGUAACGCUGUGUUCGUUGGUAACGUGCCAUUUGCCAUUGAAGAUGAAACACUGAGAGAAAAGUUUGCAAAGUGUGGGGAUAUUGAUUCUGUUAGAAUAAUACGAGAUAAGAAAACCAAUGCCGGAAAAGGUUUUGCAUAUGUAAACUUUGCUUCAAAAGAUGGAGUCGAAUUAGCUUUGGCUAUGUCUGAGGAAGACCUUACGAUAAAGAACAGAAUUUUAAGAGUGAAACGUUGCACACAAACAAAUAAGAGAUCUAACCAACAACCGGGCAGUAACAUUAAUGCUAAGAACGAGGGUAACGCACAGAGGAAACACCAGGGUAUGUACGGGAAGAAGUUUGGUGGGAAAGGCUUUAAAAAGCAAGAUGGGAAAGUUGAAGGAGCUGAAAGAAGACUAAUGCAUAAAAGGAAAAAUCAGGAGAGUGGUGAUGAACCCGAGGGUAAGAGAACAAAACACUUAAAUCAACCGCAGAAGGAAAAGAAAACCAGAAAAGAGUUCGUUGGAAUGACGGCGGAAAAGAAAAAGAAACACACAUUCAGCAAAGGAAUGAAGAAAAAGAAGGCGUUGAGUGAGAUCCUUACGAAAUAUCAAUAAUUUUGCGGUUACAAUUAAACUAUUUUAGGGUCCCAUCUCUACUAUCUGUGGGUAUAAUAAUGAACGUUCUAUUCUUCGUUUAAGUUUUAGUGUACAGUUGUGUAUCCAAGCUGUGAUUUUUAUCAAUAAAAUCUUAAAUUA